AUGGUUUCACAAGAUGAAGCCUGUGGAUGCCAGCUACCGAACAACGCCUCAAGCUUCUCUGCAGAAGCGCCAUUGAAAAUAUUCAAGCAACGUGACACAGGUAAUUGUGGAGAUGUUGGCGAAGAAUGUGGUACAGGUGGAAAAUGUGUGCAUACUUGUGUACCAUCGAGUGCUGUAGAAAAGAGAAGUUCUGAGGAAGGAGGCGGUUCCGAAGGUGGAGGCGGGUCUGAGGAAGGAGGCGGUUCUGAAGGUGGAGGCGGUUCUGAAGGCGGAGGCGGUUCUGAGGAAGGAGGCGGUUCUGAAGGCGGAGGCGGUUCUGAGGGAGAAGGCGGUUCCGAAGGUGGAGGCGGUUCUGAAGGCGGAGGCGGUUCUGAGCAAGGAGGCGGUUCCGAAGGUGGAGGCGGGUCUGAGGAAGGAGGCGGUUCUGAAGAAGGAGGCGGCUCUGAAGGUGGAGGCGGCUCUGAAGAAGGAGGCGGCUCUGAAGGUGGAGACAAUUCUGACGAAGACGGAGGUAAUGGAACAGCUAUACCAACUUUAUUUUUACCACUGGCAUACUUAGGAAUUCUGUUCAGGAAGAUCUGCAUUCCGGAGUAA